AUGUUAAUGUCCGGUGUCCGCGCCGGAAGCCAGCACAACGGCAAACGGAUACGACGAUCGAAUUACGGAGGAGGAGGAGGAAUAGACGGUGGCGUGGUGCCUACAGCACUACCGACUACCGGCCACCACCACCAUCACCAUCACCAUCAUCAUCACCUCACCACCACGACUACCACGACUACCACCACCACCACUACCUGCGGCACCAGACACCAUAGGCACAAACUGCCUGCCGGCAAGCAGUGCACCGAACACCGUCACCACCCACAUCACCAUCGGCAUCACCCACACCAUCGCUCCCACCACCGGGGCAUGAACAUGGGCCAAAAGAUUUCAGGCGGCGUGAAGAGCAUGAGCCGGGAGAGUGGUGCCGGAUCAGGCGGCGGAGUCGGCGUUGGCGGUGGCAAUAACACGACGUUUACACGAUCGGUGGUAUCGCGCGAGCUGGCGCAAGACUAUUCGAGACCAGCGCGUCUUGAUGUACUCCUCGACAUGCCGUCUGCCUCGCGAGAAACGCAGAUUAAUCAUAGCUGGAAUGCCGACGACCGUAGUCUAAACAUAUUCGUCAAGGAGGACGAUAAGUUAACAUUUCAUCGACAUCCCGUUGCGCAAAGUACAGAUUGCAUACGAGGAAAAGUGGGAUACACCAAGGGUAUGCACGUGUGGGAACUUAAUUGGAGCACGAGGCAGCGAGGCACGCACGCCGUCGUAGGAGUCGCAACGGCGGACGCACCUUUACACAGUGUCGGCUACCAAAGCUUGGUCGGAAACAAUGAGCUUAGUUGGGGUUGGGAUCUCGGUAGAAAUAAACUCUAUCACGAUUCAAAAAACAACAACGGUGUGACGUAUCCGGCCCUCCUAAAACCCGACGAGACAUACAUCGUUCCUGAUAAGUUUACGGUGGUGCUCGACAUGGAUGAAGGUACGCUGGCAUUUAUAGUGGACGAUAAGUAUCUUGGAAUAGCCUUUAGAGGACUCAAGGGAAGAAAAUUGCACCCCAUUGUGUCUGCCGUCUGGGGACAUUGCGAGAUCACUAUGAAAUAUAUCGGCGGACUUGAUCCUGAACCUUUGCCUCUCAUGGAUCUCUGUAGAAGAGUGAUCAGACAGCGAAUCGGAAAAGAAGGCAAAGAUGUAUUAGAAGAGAAGAUCAACGAGCUGAACCUACCACAGACGAUGAAGACUUAUCUGAUGUUCCGCGACAGCAGGAGGUAACCACCGAGUCAAUCUCUUCAUAUUCAACACAACAUCUCUUCGAGAUGCACCACGAUUAUGACUGCGAACAUCACCGUGCUGCAACAUUGCCACUACGACGCACAGGCGACCGUCCGCUAUCCCCUCGCAUACCACCAAGGACAGCAACCCUUUAGCCGCGUGUCUCCGCUAAUCAAGCGCGCGAUGAUCAACAGACUGGCAUGUGUCAUGCGACAACGCGUUGAGACGCGCCCACGAGAAGGUAUUUUGAAAGAGCAACGCCGAAAUACCAUAUUGAUAACGACUCGUGGCGUUCUGAUCAGGACAGGUCGUGACGACCGCAAUCCUCAUCGUCGUAAUCGUUAUCACCGAUGUUUUCACUCUUAACCACGAUGGCGACGUAGUUGAGAGACCAAAAAAAAAAGAAUGAGAAAAAAGGGGCUUCAAACGCGAUUGAUAAAGGAACAUAGUUUUGAAUUUAGGUGAUAUUGUUGUUUUAUGUUAUCUAUACGAUUCUCUUUUACCAUAAAAUUGAGAAAUAUUUAUUAAUUAUUAGAAUUAUGCUGAAAAGUGGCGGUUUGGCAUAGCUUUUACAUCAGCGAACAUUAUGCGCGCGCACAUUAUGCGAUUUGUUUCAGUAUUCGCCUUAUUGACGAUACACAAUUAUAGUAGACGAUAUUGUGCGAAAUGACGGCGAUGCAAUUUGUGCGAAUUCGGAGACACGUGGUUGGAGAAGGAAGGCAAAGGGGUUAUGUAAAUACAUGAAGAAACUACAGCGCUUCGCAGUUGGCCAGUAAAAAGUUAGACUUAGUCAAGCCUGGGAGGCUGAUACGGACGUGUUGCUUUGCUUACAAUCGUUGGUCGAUAAUGGAUAGCGGGCCUGCUCUAAGUCCAGCGAUGACAGAAAAACAUUGUCGGAGCAACAAGAGGGGGGAAGUGCGAAGAAAGAAAACAAGAGAUGCAAGAAAUCUUUGCAGCGAGAAAUGUGAUCUUAAUCGCAUGAUCAUAGAACGAUUAAUUCAAUUCGGAGAAGUGUGUAUAGUGAUGGAUAUCGGGCAGCCACCUUCCAAUAAACUCAUUUUUCAAAUAUUUUCUAAGCAUGCUAGGUCUAAUAAAGUAUAGUGAUGUGUGCAUGUAUCGUGGGUGGAUAUAAAGGAAAACAAACGACGAAAAAAAGUUACGAGGAAAAGGACAAAGACAAACAACCCUGCCAUAAUCUUCUCUUCAGCAGUGUUCAAAACGUAGACUUUUGCAGUUGUGAAUUCUGCGAAGGAGAAAUCAAGUGACGAAUGCAAGGAGGAGGAUGGGUAAGCAUGUAAAACUGGCGCUGUGGUGGAUCGGAUAAAAGACGUUUAAGUAAAUUAAUAACAAAAAGCAUGUUACUAAAAUUAAUUAUUCACAUCUAAUUGAUUUAAAGUGCUCCAAACUUGACUUGCGAAAAUAGUAUGUAUUUAACUAAUGUUUAAGAAGAAGCGAAUGAACACGGGCAUUGGCACAAAUUAUUCCAAACGCGAAUUAAACCUGUCGUGGCUAAUCGCUGUGUAGUAAAUAUAAUCCGAUAAGAGGCGCCAAAUAAACCGAUAAUAUCGGAUUAUACUUAUCACGAAUUAAUCAUCGUAACGAUUAUCAGAUUAUCGAUCAUAAUAGUUACAAUGAAAACAAUGACGACGAUAAAUAAUGAUGCUGAUUAUAUCGAGUGUGUAACUAUUAUACUAUUAGCAUGACAAAUCUUACGACUGGUCCCUAGUAUCUCUUUACUCUUACGUUUGUCGCUUAGGUUAAAGACAAUGCCACCGUUGAUUUGUAUAUAUAGAUAUAUUGAUAAUACUGUACGACGAGACGUACGUGUGUAUUGUGGAUGAUGAUUGUAUCCGUAACUGCGGAGCAGGCAAACCGAAUGCGAGAAUGAUACUGUUCUUCAUCUUUUCAUACAAGUGAAUUAAUUGUCUCGCGUCGUCAAGCCUUCUAACAUUUCGAUAUACCUUGCUUCACGCGAGCCUAAUGCGGUUUCGAAAUCACUUCAAUUGUUAAAAGAGCUGAUAUUGUGCGUCGUUGUUUGCAUCUUUAUCAUAAGCUCGUCUGACUCGAAUCGCAUCGCGUCUUCCAAAUUAUCGUCAACCGUUCCAAGCCUCGUUGGACGCAAGCCACGUUUGCUUUCGUAUUAAUAUAUCUUCGCGGUUACCUUCCUUCUCAUUGUCAGUCCGAUCUCUGAUGAUCUGUUUGGAUGAGCCUCUUACUCGUUCGCCGCUGUCCGACACCACAAAGCAAGCGGCAAUUUUUUAAUCGUUUCAUUCGAUCAUCGGAAGCAUUUUUAAAAGCGCACACACGAUCUCGCACUCGGGAGCUUUGGUCGCGCGGCUCUGCGGUCCUCAAUACGCGCACUACACCCGACGGCGUAAUCUGUCAGCAAUAUUGGCUGUGACAGCUACCGAUCGCGGUGUUCGCAAUUCUUCUAUUGUAAUCUGUUAGCAAUGUUCGCCUUCGCUACUUCUCAUGUCGCGGGAUGUGCAGAGGAAUUACACGAAUCUGUAAUGCGAACGGCCGAAUCACAACGGAGGCGAGGACGACUCAACCUUUUCGAAGGACGUAUCGUCUCUCUCACCAACACGUCGAAAGUAAUUCAUGUAGUGGGGAAUACACUGGGGAAUAUAAGAAAGAGAUGCUGCGAGGACGGCAGGGGACUUCUGCGCGAAAGAGAAGUCGUCCUCGUUGUCUUUACCGCAUGGCAGAACGCAUAAUUUACUUUGUCAUCUUUUAUUCGGCGCCCGUGCACGAAGGCAAAGACGACGAAACAGUUCUCUCCGACGAAGCGACUUUGCGUACGAUAGCAAACUCGAUUCUAAGUAAAGUACAUAUAAGAGGGACACACAAGAAGCAUACCCGGAGGAUGCGCGUCGAGCGUUCAUGAUUUAAUGUACAUUCAUUCAUACAUGUCAUUCAUAUAUCGUUAUACAUACGCGAGAAAAUUGAGGAAAAAUAAUAUACGCGCGUGCACACCCUCAGAGAGAAAGAAAGAGUGAGAGAGAGAAAGAGAGAGAAAGAGAGGAAGGUUUUUUUUCUGCAAGUAUACUUACUGCUACCAUUUGAACCGAUACUGUUUUAUAUGAAUUAUUGCCUAUAGCAAACGCGUGUCACGAGCCGAGCAUGAGAGAGGACAAAUAGGACUAGAAUAUUGUACAAAAUUAUUAUUAAUGAUUAAUAUUAAUGCUAUUAUUGUAUCGAUCCCAAUAGUUUAAUUAAUUAUUCGGUCGUCGUUAUCGUGUUAGUCAGGUAUUUACAGAUAUUAUGAUAAUUGUGGUUUCAGUUUUUGUACGGAUAGGAAGAGAAAUGUGCAUGCGAUCGAUCGAGAUAAUAAUCGAAUUUAACAAAUGGACAAGAAAGAAAAUGUUCUUUGAUUGCUUUCGACCGUUUUAAAGUACAUGUGAUGUACUGUGAACAAUUUGAAUUUAUUUCACCGGUAUCUGAAACGAUAGUUUGCUUUAACUAAAUUAAAUGGCAUGGAACAAACUUAUAUUUUAACCGCACAAUUGUUUCGAGUUUCUUUACAAUAUUCACAAUAUUUAAGUUUAUCUCGAUUCGAGAAAUUUAAUUCACAUUUUAUCUUUAAAAAUGUUUUAAUUUUACUCAAAAGUUAGUUUCUGACGUGAAU